GUACCGCCUGCUCGUCAUCGACAGCAUCAUGGCGCUGUUCCGCGUCGACUACACGGGCCGCGGCGAGCUGAACGAGCGCCAGCAGAAACUGAACCAGUUCCUAUCGAAGCUGACGCAUGUUGCUGAAGAGUUCAACGUCGCCGUCCUCAUGACCAACCAGGUCCAGAGCGACCCGGGCGCCAGUGCCAUUUUCCAGGGCGCCGAUGGGCGCAAGCCGGUCGGUGGCCAUAUCCUCGCGCAUGCCUCGACGACGCGUAUACUGCUGCGCAAGGGCCGGGGCGAGGAGCGGGUUGCGAAGAUCCAGGACUCGCCUGGUCAGUUGGCCGUGUCGGUUGAUGGCGGCAGCUAAUGUUGUGUAGAUAUGCCGGAGAAGGAGGCGACGUAUAUCAUUACGAAUGGCGGGAUCAACGACCCUGAGAAGGUGUGAG